AUGGGAGGACUAAUUUACAGUUUAAAUGACAAAUCCCCACCAGUCAUGAACAGUGAUAUAUUUUUCUUGUAUUUACUUCCACCAAUAGUCCUUGAUGCAGGAUAUUUUAUGCCCAGUCGGCCAUUUUUUGAAAACAUAGGAACCAUUCUGUUGUAUGCUGUAGUUGGAACGAUUUGGAAUGCAUUUGGAAUAGGCCUUUCCCUCUAUGGCAUAUGUCAGGUGAAGCUCUUCAACCUUGAAGAUGUGUCAUUGCUCCAUAACCUUUGGUUUGGUAGUUUGAUUGCUGCUGUAGAUCCUGUGGCUGUACUCUCUGUAUUUGAAGAAAUUCAUGUGAAUGAAAAGCUUCACAUUUUGGUGUUUGGAGAAUCCCUCCUUAAUGAUGCUGUUACUGUUGUGCUCUAUAAGCUGUUCAAAUCUUUCUCUGAAAUGCCAUCUAUCAAACCAUUGGACAUUUUGGCUGGGAUAGGAAAGUUUUUUUUGGUUGGAAUAGGAGGCAUUUUCAUUGGGCUCUUGUUUGGCAUGAUUGCUGCCUUUACCACACGCUUUACCAAGACCAUCCGGGUCAUCGAACCUCUCUUUGUCUUCUUAUACAGUUAUCUCUCCUACCUGACAGCUGAAAUGUUCCAUCUCUCAGGUAUUGUGGCAGUUAUUGCCUGUGCUAUGAGCAUGAAACGUUAUGUGGAAACUAACAUUUCUCAGAAAUCCCAUACAACUAUCAAGUACUUCAUGAAGAUGUGGAGCAGUGUUAGUGAUACUCUUAUUUUCAUCUUCCUUGGUGUUUCUACCAUUGGAAAUAACCACGAAUGGAAUUGGCCUUACAUUUGUUUCACUGUCAUUUUCUGUCUUAUUUGGAGAGCAUUAGGAGUUCUUGUGCUGACUUUCUUCGUGAACAAAUGUCAUGUGAAUACAGUCACCAGAAAGGACCAAUUUAUUAUAGCCUAUGGAGGACUGAGGGGAGCAAUCUGUUUCUCCCUUGUUUUUCUGCUCCCAGAGUUUUCCAGAAAGAAGCUCUUCAUUGCAACAACCACAGUUGUUAUCCUCUUUACUGUUAUUGUUCAGGGAAUGACUAUUCGUCCUCUUGUUGACUUAUUAGAUGUGACAAAAAGAGGAGAGACCUCUCCAACUGUGAGUGAACAAAUUCUCAUUCGGUUCUUUGAUCAUUUGCUGGCUGGCAUAGAAGAUAUAUCAGGACACUGGGGACAAUAUUACUGGAAAGACAACCGCCAUCAUGGAACAGCCAAGUCCGUCCCAUUCCCAGCACAUCAGGAUCAAGACACUAUGGAUAAUAUUCAAGACCUACUGGCUACAAACCUUUAUAGGAUCAGGAGAGUGGCUCCAACAUAUAACAAGUAUGCCCUUCCAGGAGAAAGAGGAACAACAGAACAAGUAAAGGAAAUCCUCAUUCGCAGACACAAGAGCCUGCAACAAAGUCUUUCUCAAAGUGACUCUGAUCAGUCUCAAAAAGAGAACUUCUACAGGCAAAACAAAGCAAAAAUACAACUGCACAGAACCUAUACUGAUUUUCACCACAAGAUGGAACCGUCAGAAUUCAAAUCACAAAAGAUGACAAAAGAUUAA